AUGUCUUUAGCUGUGCUCCAAGCCCUCGACUCUGCUCGCACACAAUGGUACCACAUCACCGCCAUCAUCAUUGCUGGAAUGGGGUUCUUCACAGAUGCAUACGACCUUUUUUGCAUCUCCACGGUCUCAAAACUCUUGGGUCGCCUUUACUACUACGACCCUAGCACAGGGAAGCCGGGAAAGCUUCCCGUUAAUGUUAACAACACUGUGGUUGGUGUUGCCUUAAUUGGCACUCUAACAGGUCAACUAGUCUUCGGCUGGCUUGGUGACAAACUUGGCCGUAAAAGGGUUUAUGGUAUCACUCUAGUUAUCAUGGUAAUUUGCGCCAUAUGCUCUGGCCUUUCUUUCGGUGCAGGUGCAAAAUCUGUUAUUGGAACGCUUUGUUUCUUCAGGUUCUGGUUAGGAUUUGGCAUUGGAGGAGAUUACCCCCUCUCUGCCACGAUCAUGUCUGAAUACGCCAACAAAAAAACUCGUGGGGCAUUCAUCGCCGCAGUGUUUGCAAUGCAAGGUGUGGGGAUUAUAUUCGCAGGCCUAGUCUCCAUGAUAUUGUCAAAGAUCUUCCUUUGCUACUGUCAGGAAGUCGGCCCAUUCAAAGAGGAUCACUUGCUUUCUACACAACCAAGUGCAGAUUAUCUAUGGCGGAUUGUGCUUAUGCUAGGAGCUUUUCCGGCACUCUUAACUUACUAUUGGCGAAUGAAAAUGCCCGAAACCGGUCGAUACACCGCCAUAAUCGAAGGGAACGCAAAACAAGCAGCUGCAGAUAUGGGAAGGGUUCUUGACAUUGAAAUUCAAGCAGAACAGGAGAAGUUGUCUCAAUUCAAUGCUGCAAACAACUAUCCGUUGCUCUCUAGGGAGUUCUUUCGGCGGCACGGGCUUAAUUUAAUGGGCACCACGAGCACAUGGUUCCUGUUGGACAUAGCCUUUUACAGCCAGAACUUGACCCAGAAGGAUAUUUUCCCGGCCGUGGGUUUGAUAAAGAAGGACGUGGAACUUAAUGCUCUCCGAGAAGUCUUCGAGACAUCGCGUGCUAUGUUUGUCGUUGCAUUGUUUGGUACCUUCCCUGGUUACUGGUUCACCGUGUACUUCAUCGAGAAGCUGGGUCGUUUCAUCAUCCAACUUGUCGGUUUCCUUAUGAUGUCUGCCUUCAUGCUCAUCAUGGGUCUUGAAUACCAGUACCUCAAGAGCCAUGGCACAACCUUUGCAGCUUUGUACGGCCUAACUUUUUUCUUUGCUAAUUUUGGGCCAAACAGCACCACCUUCGUGCUUCCAGCUGAAUUGUUCCCAACCAGGCUGAGGUCGACAUGUCAUGCUCUAAGUGCGGCGGCCGGGAAGGCCGGGGCAAUGGUUGGAGCAUUUGGGGUGCAAAAUUAUACUUUGGAUGGUAACGUAAACGACAUUAGGAAGGCCAUGAUAUUUUUGGCAUUCACCAACAUGUUGGGCUUUUUUUUCACGUUCUUAGUUUCCGAGACCAAAGGACGCUCGUUGGAGGAAAUAUCGGGAGAAGAUGAAAAUAAUAAUAAUAAUAAUAAUAAUAUUACUAAGUUUGAAAUGCCAAACAGGCCCUAA